CUUACUCAUCGCACAGAAAGUUUAUCUCGGGUUUUAUCAACAUAUUCACACAUAUAAAUAUUUAUUCAAGCAUGAAAUAAAAGCUUUUUAUGAGAACAUAAAUUAAUUAACUGGGAUUUUUUUUUAUAUGUGUGCCAUAAGUUAUUUGUAUUGAAGGCAACUUUAAAGUUGACUGAAUGAGUUUUAGUGCAAUAUAAAUGCAUUUAUAUAAAUGAAUAUAAAUGUGUGUAUUAUUUAUUUAGAGUAUAACACUUUCUUAUCAAAUUAUCAACGUGAAAAUGUUUUGAAUGAAGCUGCUUGAUAAGCUAACAUUGAUAAAGUGGAUAAGCGUGGACAAAUAACAGUUAUUACUAUAUAAUAUCAAAUCAAGUCACAGUUUCUGUUUAGUUCUCCAUUCAAAUUCAUAUGCAAAAGACGACGACGACUUUUACAUUUUCACGGUGAAAAUGUCGAUAAAAGUUCAAUAUUUCGUAUAUAUUCUACAUUUGGGAUACUUUGCUACAGCAGCUGCUGAUGAAAAACCGCUGAACAAUGUGCUGCAGAGUAAAACCAUUCACAUUGUCGAUGUCAAUGGGAGUGCGGGCUCUAUGCAGAUAAAUGCAACAUAUAAGAAUAUAAAUACAGUAAAUAUUGCAAAUGCGAAUCAGAGUCUGUUAGCAGAUCUCAUUGGCACAGGUCUAAUAAAAUCUCCAGUCGUCCCAGCAGCAGAUGUGACGGCAGUCAUAAGCGAACUGAAAGCUCAAAUAAACAGUCUGAAUGCCUCUGUGAACUACUUAGGGAAUUUGCUGACAUCGCACUUAGCCGAGAUGGAGAUGGAGAGGGAGAGGAGGUCAAGUGGUUGCUCCGUGAUCGAGAAUGCGAACAGUGUUCAGGUGAUCCAGAUUCCUGGCUACGCUCCAUUUCGAGUGCUCUGCGAUUCGGAUGUCGAGUGGAUUGUCAUACAGCGUCGCUACGAUGGCAGCAUUGACUUCUAUCGAAAUUGGCAAGCCUAUCGCAAUGGAUUUGGCUACUAUCAAGGUGAAUUCUUUCUCGGCCUGGAGUACAUACAUCAGCUGACCACAUCACGGCCAUAUGAGCUGUACAUCGAGCUGAUUGACUUUGAGAAUCGCAUGUUCUAUGCACGAUACGACAACUUUCUCAUCGGCAGCGAACAGGAGCAAUAUAUGCUGAAGUCUCUCGGCACGUACAGCGGCAAUGCCGGUGACUCAUUGAAAUAUAAUCUCUAUGACAAGUUCUCGACGUACGAUUACGACAACGAUGCUUGGCCGGGCGGCAGCUGUGCCAACUAUUAUGAGAGUGGCUGGUGGUACAAGUGGAAUGCAAAUAGUAAUCUCAAUGGCAGAUAUAUGAAGGGUGGCGAGAAAAGUGUAAAGGGCAUCUGGUGGUACACACUGAAUGGCUACUAUUCGCUGAAAUCUGUCGGAAUGUUCAUUAGACCGAAGUACACUUUACUCUGACCUUAGCAUACAAAGUAAACUGAUUAAAAACUGAUUAAGUCUGGCGAAAAUACAAAUAAAUUAUUCGAUUUACAAUAGAA